UCCACUGCAUGGAAGUCUUGCUCUAGUUAUUCAAUCCUUGUUUUGUUGUUGUGUUGUGCUGAACACAGGAGGCAGGGUAACUCAGUUACUUCUAAAGCAGAGUAAAGCAGACCAGUGAAUGAAAAAGAGAUGUCCCCAGAUGGGAAGAGGUCGCUCUGCCGGUCUUGAUUCUGAGGUUCAGGGUCCCUGCUGGAGAAUCUGUCCCGGUCCCCUCAUGUGCCGAGAGUCCUGUCGUCCUGUCCACUCAGAGCUGGAGUUCACUCUUUUAAACAGACUCAUUGUUUCCUUUCACACUUCAGCUGUUCGAGAGCUGUUUGCUUGGUAACCAUUAUACAACACAGAAUCUUGCCUUUCAACCACCCUCCUCUUUCUCGCUCUCUCCCCCUGCUUGCUUUCUUUACUCACUCUUUGCUCUCUCAUUCUCACUCCACGUGGCAUAUCCAGUGUGCAGUAUCUCAUUCCUACAUAGCAACCACACACCCUCAACUCCAAUGUACGCACCCUGCAUAUUGAUAACAGAACGCCUAUAAAAUCAAUAGCUGUUAACUAUGCCAAAUAAGUAAUCUGUGACCUUUUGUAAACCGCAUUGCACCUUUCACUUUCAAUCUGCACUCUGCAUACACUCAGCAAAUACUGUGCGCCUGGCAUUAUGCACAAGAAGUAAUACCUACGAAAUCUUAAUUCGGCUCCCAUUAUAAUCCUAGAUCAAAAAGCCAUUAGCAGACCACAGCAGUGCCUGCAAUGGCAACGCAAUGGAUCUAGAGCAAAUAUUGCACAGCGAGUCCUGUCUGGGGGCUGCCAUGCUAGCAUUAACUGCAGUGUUUAUUGGCUGUCAAUACAAUUGUGAUCCCAGCCGAAUGUUUCCCCUGGGGUACCGUUGUCCCAAUGGCAGGCUUAUUGUCCCAUUGUGGUUCUUUCAGGGUGAAGUGCACUACAAAAAAAUGUCCACUCUCCCCCCUCCUCAAAUGUAUUCGGGACCUCCAGUACUUGAGAGCAGCAGAACUGUGCAACUGAUGGCUGUCAUGUAAACUCAAUCUUUAACUUGGCACCAUUUCCAUCACUACCUGAUGCAGAAAUGGUUAUGGUUAUUUCACUCAUGCUACUGGCUGAAAACGAAUCCACUGCCAGCCCUGCUUAUGGAAUAAGGUUCAUGCUGCAGCCCCUAUUUAUUUUAAUAGACCCCCUCACUCCAAUCCUGCACGGUACAGCGUGGUCAAUGCAUGCUUCCUUGACUAUAUUUGUCAUGUGUUUUGUUCCACAGUGCCGGACCAUAACUGCUGUAUUGUCUUCUUUAUAAACAUGAUUUGAAUGUAUUACACACAGCAUCCUUGUCAUCCACGACAGUCACGAUGACAAGACAGUUUCCUAAAACCCACAGACCCGUUCCCGCAGAGCCCUUCAGUCCAACAUUUGACCCUCUUUGCAGAUGGAUGCCACUCUCUAAAAAGACCAAAGAAAUGCAAGCAUGAAGUAAAAAUGAAUGCCCUAGUGGGGAGGAUUUUUGCAGCCCGGCACAGCAGAUAUUAAAAGAUAUUCAGACCCUGGGCUCUGUUUAAAUCUAACUUUCAAAUCUAUUUGCUAUUAUGACCGGGUCUUCGAUAACCAUAAAUAUGCUGUCGGUAGCACAGAUGCAUCUUCUGCAGGAUUGCAUGUGAGUAACAUCUGAAUAACACUUGUUUGGUUGUUAUUGCCAAUCGAUUUUUCUGCCCCGGAGAUCUUUGUUAAAUGGCUACACAUUCACAAUGAAUUCGGGUAUUGUAAGUAAAUGGUGCUGGCAUUGCGAGAGUUCCUAUUAGAUGCUGAAGGGGAUGGUAUCUCAGAGCACACUGUGUUAGUUUAUACUGUACCAGCUCACGUCACUGACACUCAUUUGCCUAAGCUGUUUAUGUUUCCUUAAAUGCUGGCAGUAUUCAAAUGGAAGAGAAGAGCUGGCUCUGUUUUGCCCGGGUGGUGGUAGAGAAAGGGAGGGAAGGUGCCGCUUCUCGUUCGUCUCAGAGCUCACCGCUGUCUCUGGCAGUAACAGACCUCACCUGCCUGCUGGCACCAGGACCUCCACCUGUCCGGAUCAGAGAGUGGAGGAGACAGAUCUCCAUCAGGGGUGCAGCGUUGCGGUUCUGACGGCUCUGACUAUGGAGUGCGAUCCUCCCAGACCCCAGGAGGAGGUGGAAGGUCCAGACCUGGAGUGUGCCAUCUGCUUCAGCCAGUUCAACAACAUCUUCCGGGCUCCCAAGAUGCUGCACUGCAAGCACACCUUCUGCCUGGAGUGCCUGGCGCGCAUGAACAUCAAGUCCUUGGCCCCAGACACCAUCCUGUGCCCGCUGUGCCGGGACCUCACCACCCUGCCUGUCCUGGGUCUCCCCAAACUGGACAACAACCCGACCAUCCUGUCCUACCUCCCCGAGGCCAUGCAGCGUGUCUACAGCAUCCGCUUCAACCGCAGCAAGGGCCGGCUGCUGGUGAAGCAGCCCCCCGACUCCUCGCCGCUGCCCCCCCUCUGCACGGUCAGCCACAGCCUGGACGUGGGGCUGCCGGCCAGCCAGGACUCGCAGGGUUCCUCCCAGACCAGCGGCUGCCUGCGGCUCACCAGCCGACCCUGCUGUCGCACUUUCCUCAUAUUGUCUGUGGUGGUGACCUUGGUCCUGCUCAUCUGCUGCAUCAUUCUGGUCAUGCCAUAUGCUACCAAGAAAAGCCCGUAGGCAACUUCAUGGGGAGAUGGGAUCCUAUCACAGUCCCAUGAGGAAAGCUGUUAGCAAACGGUAUAUCUGUCUGGUACUGAAAUUCAUACUGUUGCAAUAACCAAUUUUACGUCUAUCGAAAAAAAAAAGUUGGUCUUUUGUUGCUGCAACCCCCCCCCCCCCCCCCCCCCCUUAAGUACAGAACCACUGCAUUGCCAUGGUAACAGUGUAACACCACCUCAGGUAAGAUUGUGUAAGAACUGAGAGAAACUGUAAAGCAAAUUCCCAUUCCUCUCUCAAUCAACUUCAUUAGCUGGCAAGUGUAUAAUCCCUGAAGCUACCUCUGAGCCGAUCUGUAGAGCGAGCGCUGCUCUUGACAUUACACUACCAAGUAAACCAGACUGUCCACACACCUGUCUCCUGGGGAAGUAGAAGGAAGCCCGGAAAACAGGCAGUCAGGACCGGGACACUGCAAUUAGAACCCUGCCUCAUUCCAGAAGCCAGUAGGGCAACACCUUGCAAAUGCAGCUGCGGACAGAUUUGAGGCCCCUCUUUGUAUGCUUCCUCCUCCUCCUCACCUCCACCUUGCUUUAAAGCAGGCGGGUGGGGGUGGGGGUGGGGGCUGUGCCAAGGGGAUGCACCGUAAGGCUGUCGAGACCUAAUAGAUUUAAAGCAUCCUGCUGGAUUUAAUUUGCCAAAAUAGCUAUUGCUGUAUUCUAGAACCUGUUUGAAUUGCACAUUAUUAAUGCUAAUGCACGGAUAGGUUAUGUUUCAAAACAAUGUUUAUUUUUAAUUUUUUUAGGUGAGGUUAUGCUAUUCUUCUUCUGUACAAACAGCAUUGUUUUUUAUAGAGAUAUAUAGGCAGGCUACUUUCUCAUUUUGCUGAAGCAUGUUUAACCACCCUGUAUCUACCUGUUAUUUUAAUGAUCUCUUUCACUAUAUCGUUAUACUAACUUACUCUCAUUUUGUCUAAAUGUAACGUAUCGAAUUGCAGCUUGCGUUCAGAUUUUUUCAAAGAAAAAUGUAUUUGUUACAGACAUAAAAUCCAUGUAUGCUCCUUUUACUACUUGCAGCAGUUGGGGGGUUAUAAAUAGCCUAUUAAAGGGCCCAGAAAGCUAUCAGAUUUAAGGUGGAGACGGACCUUUUCUGAUCUUUUGGUCAACAAUUUCCUUAAAUGAAAUAAGACUGAAUAUAUGAACAGAACUUGUUCAUUUAAAUGGAUUUACAUAGGCAAGGCUUGAUUGACAGUAUUCUUGUAAAAAUUACAAAUAAUACAAUUUCUUUUGCUGUGUAAUCCAACUUUUGAUAAUGUCACAUGUAAUCACUUUACAGGGCAGGUACGUUAUACAACCAGCAGAUGGCACUGUAAGCUUUAAUAAUGUACGGUACAUUGAACCAUUCCACACAUACUGGCGGUUAACUGCAGUACCCCAAAUGACCGCCAGGGGCCACUGAUAUGCAAAACACAUAUCCACAUUCCAGGGUCCGGUGAAAAUUACUUGUAUAUUAAAAUAGUGGGUUUUCAGCUUAUCAUUUACUUUUCUCCUUCAUUAAGUUUUGCUAGUGACUGAAUGAGGGCUCUCAUGAAGAUUCUCCUUAGCUAUAAAGCUGGUAACCACACUUACUUAUUUCUAUUUAAAUCUAUGAUGUGCUUGUCAUGUCAUUGACUACACAGUUAAUGAUGUAACAAUCUAUAUCAUAGAUAAUAAUGUAACGAUUGCUCCCAGGUGACUGCACUGGUGACUGCGUGGGGGCACCAGUGCUGUGGAUGAGGUAAGGGGGUUGUCAUCACUAGACAAGUAUUCUGCUGCUUAGCAACACCGAAACUACAAAAAAUUAAUUAUUUUCGUGACUAAUUGAUUAAUCACACCUGUGGGCUUUGAUUGUGUAAAAAAUAAUCGAUCGAUUAAUCUUGUCUACCUGAACUGGCUAGCUUCCAAUUACAGGUAAGCAAAUAUUCUCAAACUGUCAAAGCACAUGUAAACAAACACCUGUACAUUAAACAUUAGCUGAGAAUUAUGAACAUUUUGCAGUAAACCGGACUGUGUUAAUACUUUGUAUUGGACGAUUAAUCGAUCGAUAGAACAGGUCAAGAUUAAAACCCCUAAUAUUCAUCCAAAAUCACCCCCCAGAUAUAUUUAAAUAGAGGUCAGUGACAUCACUGUGAUGUUAAUGCUAUUUUUAAACACACACUAUAGGAAACGCACGGUGUAAGGCAUAGGGGUUCCUGCAGGUAAGCAGGCCUGUCUUUGCUUGAAGUGGCUGUGUACCAGUUUAUCCCUGCCUGCUGCACACAGGCGCUGGCAGGAUGCCAGGCAGUGAUCUCUGACUGCAGAUUAAGGAUUGCGCUUGUCAGCGUCAGUUAGAGGCUGCUUACAGUCUUUGAACUGCUCUUGUGUUUCUUAAGUGUUCCGGGCCAGGCUUGGAGGAGAAUUCGGAGGUGAAAGCAGAAAAGGACAAAUAGCUGUAGAACCAGCGAAUGUGAGGGAUUGAACUGAUACCAUAAGCAUCCCCAAACUUGAGCAUGCCAUUGUAUUGAAAUGUGCAUUCGGAUUCCUCAGGGCACUCUGUCAUCUCAUGUAGUCUGGUACAGGUAAUAACAGCACUGACACACUGUGCGGUAAGUAUCACCCAAAACCUGCUGCUUGAGAUGAGAUACCAGAGUGGAGAAGCGGAUUUUCCCGCUGUGGUUUGGAACUCGUGACCCUUGCCUUUGUGUGACCAGGUGAGCCGAAUGACUGCUCUUCAAACUCAGUUGAAGCCAGGUAGAACAGAGUGGAGAUCUACAAGAGGGGGGAAGUUAAAAAAGCCUCAGCUCUAAUGAAGGGGCUCAGACCCGGCCACAGAAUAUCGAUAUUUUUUAUUAACACAUCCCUGGUCAUAAAUGUGACUCGUUAUUUUCCCGUCACAUCACUUCAGGGUCUUCCCGUCAAAAUGUCUUCUGAAUUCACAACAUUGGCUGCUUCAAUCCACCCUCUUCAAUAAGAACGUGCAAACUCCUGCUCUGAACACAGCCCCGUCUGAAACUCCUCAAGGGGCUGCACUGAUGGUUUCCAGUGCUGAUCGCUCGCUCCCUCCUGAACUUCUGAACUUGUCUUCGAUUCAGGUUGAGUCAGUUUCGCCCCAACCUGUAAUUACUCGUAUGUGAGAAUGAUUACUGAAGCAUGACUCAGUGGAUGCAACGUGUUGCCUACUGUGCGCAGCACUGAGCCUAUUCCACAGUAGCAUCCCUAGCCAUCAUUCAUACCUGCUGUGGCUUUCUCAGCGACUCAUCUUUGAAACAUGUGGAGAGGCCUGUCUCAGAGGCUUGCUCGGGUUCGCGGAGAUUAAAGGAACAAUGCCACCGGCCGCUGUCAUGGCGUGGCAGGCCUGAGUUCCCGUGUGAAUGUUCUCCCUGGUGUCAUCGCGAGUACGACAUCACUGCAGUGGAGCGCGGAACUCCCACUGAGCUGAGCCAGAUUCCAUCAGUAAUCAGAGCGGAAGAAUUCUCACUGUGAGCCGCUCGGUGACUUAACGCACCUGCAGGCUGGUCUAGACGGAUCCCAGAAAAGUGCAAUCCAAACAGUCUGAAAGGUCUCCUAAAGAGAUCCUUUAUGAGCUAGCAUCGGCAUUUUCCUAGCAAUGCAAACCUGAGUGCUAGGGGGUGUGCA